UCUUAAAAGUCUUUUUUUGUGAAAAAAAUAAUUUUACCUAUAAUUAUAUAUUAUAGGCUUCAAUUUUUCAAAUUCCCCUCUCCCUCGCCCUGAAAAGAAAAACUGCAUCUCUGCUAUGCUCUAAUGUCGCUCAUCACCGUCGCCAGAAGGUUGCAGAGAUAUCAUCUCGAACUUUUUCUCCCACUUCUCCAAUCCAUCACUUUCCCAUCCUUAUCGAGAUCUCCUCUUACUUCAAUCAAGUUUAUCUCGUUUUCCUCCUCUGAGGCAUUCCAUCGAGCAGUUUCAAUUGCAUAUAAAAACCCUUUCCGUUUCUCCAUUUUCCAGUCUUUCUCCACCCAAAACCUCAGAGACCCAUUUGAGGUCAUUCAGCAGAGAAUUCUUACCCAUGAAUCUAUCGAACCUGACAUUCUCGAUUCACUCAAACGGGCUGCCUACUUCCCUGACGAAGCAGAGGCUGUGGCAUCUGUUGAUGAGUCAGGCAUUAAAGCUGAUAAAAAUUUGGUGUAUUCGGUGAUUUGGGAGCUAAGGAAAGAGUGGAGACUGGCGUUUUUGGCUUUCAAAUGGGGAGAGAAAUGGGGCUGUGUAGAUGAGAAGUGUUGUGAGUUGAUGGUGUGGGUUUUGGGUAAUCAUAGAAAGUUCAACAUUGCUUGGAUUUUGAUUCGAGAUUUGCAUCGGUCUUUGAUGAAUACUCGGCAAGCGAUGCUUAUUAUGAUUGAUAGAUAUGCAGCAGCAAAUGAUCCAGGCAAUGCUAUUCAGACGUUACACAUUAUGGAGAAGUUCAGAUUGGCCCCUGAUGAAGAAGCAUUCUACUCCCUCCUGAAUGCUCUCUGUAAACAUGGAAACAUUGAAGAGGCCGAAGACUUUAUGCUUGCUAAUAAGAAGCUCUUCCCAUUGGAGACUGAAUCAUUUAACAUUAUUCUCAACGGAUGGUGUAAUAUAUGUGUUGAUGUGCUUGAAGCAAAACGAGUUUGGAGGGAAAUGUCAAAAUACUGUAUUGCACCUAAUGCAACUUCUUAUACGCUCAUGAUAUCCUGCUUCUCAAAGGUUAGAAAUCUUUUUGAUUCAUUGAGACUUUAUGAUGAAAUGAAGAAAAGGGGUUGGGUCCCAAGCAUUGAGGUUUAUAAUUCGUUGAUUUAUGUACUAACUCGUGAGAACUGCCUCAAAGAAGCUCUCAAAGUCCUGGAUAAAAUGAAAGAAAAUGGUUUGCAGCCUGAUUCUAACUCUUACAACUCAAUUAUACGUCCCCUAUGUGAGGAAAAAAAGCUAGCAGAGGCUAGAAACAUAUUGGCUGCCAUGAUAGAGGAGAAUCUCAGCCCAACAAUGGAGACCUAUCAUUCGCUUCUUGAAAGCGUUGGUUUUGAAGAAACUUUGGAAGUCCUUAACCAAAUGAGAAUAAAUGGUUUAGCUCCCACUGAGGACACAUUUCUCGUAAUUCUUGUCAAGUUCUUCAAGCUGGAGCAACCUGAGAAUGCAUUGAAGAUUUGGGUAGAAAUGAAGCAAUAUGAAGUGACACCUAAUUCGACACAUUAUGCAGUUUUGGUGGAAGGGCUAGCUAGAUGUGGAAUGUUAACCAAGGCUCAUGAAUACUAUGCUGAUAUGAGAUCAUAUGGAUUUUCAGAUGAUCCAAAGCUUCAGAAGAUUUUGAAAGAAUCUAUACAAGACCAGAUUAGCAAAGAAAAACAGUUGGGAAGACAAAUUAAGAGAGAUCAACAUGUACGUCAUAAGGUAGGCAGCGUAGUAACAGGAAAAGGUAGAAAAGGAAGAAAAGGCAUACAUACAUGCGCAGAAAAUUGUAGUCUAUUGUGGAGCUGUGAGUGAAAAUAAAAAAAAUUCAGUGGAAGACCAUUUCCAGCAGAUAACAAUCUCUCAUUAUUGGAGCAACUAUGGGUAUUCUCAGAUUUAAAGGAAUGACUACAGGACUUUCUGGUGCAAGAUUUAAGGUACAGAGACCCUUACAGCAUGUGCUGGCUUAUUCCGAACCAUUUGCUUCUUUACCUAUUAAUAAACAGGUCUGACCUAAGUUUCUUCCAUGGACUCUUACCUAGACCUGGCUGCAUUCUGGUUUGUAACCAGACUGGAACCGAAACAAGCUCAAAACCAGAUUGAUCAAAACUGAUCUUGAAACAGGCUGAAACCCUGUGAUAGUGGUGAUUAUCAGCCAAUGUUAAAACUCUUUUCUUUCACUCUGUAUUUUGAAAAGUCCCACAUCAAAUGCCACAUUUUCUUAUUCUUAUGUUAGUUUAUGCAAGACAGCUGUGGGAAUUUGAGAUAAAAGGACUUCGUUACAAUGAAGGUGGUGGAAAUCAAGAGGGAAUGAUGAUAAUGGUGUAAUUUCAGUCAAAGAGGCUGAAAGGAGGAGAAAGCUUUGAUUCAUUAAAUUGGAGGUUAUGAAGUGUUAAGGAUUUCAGCAGGUCAAACAGAGAGAAACAGGUUCUGGAAAUGCAAGGCAUUAGAAAGGAAGGAGGGAAAACAGAGGGCUCAUUCAACAAAUUGCAGCAUGUAUAUUCACAUGGCGCAGUUUUCCUUUGCCAAGAAGAUCUUCUAGAUUAUCAUUGGCUACGUGUACUUAUGUGUUUGUAAGUUAUGUGGUUGCAUUAGAUGUCAGGUUAUGAACUCUUGAGAAUUUUAGCAAGGAUAAAAGAAAUGAGUAGCUUUUUAAGAGCAAUGGAGUAGAACGAAAAGGGAAGAAAAGAAGAAGCAUCUGUUUCUUUGUACUAGCCCUUUACAAAGUGCCAAUUCCAUCUUCUAUUGUUGGGCAACAAUUGUUAAUGUUAAUAUUAUUUAUGGAUUAUGAUGAUUUUCUAUUUCAGACCA